AUGUCGAGAGAAAAGACCGGCGUCUCUCGUGCCGGCGGAGACUUGGGCCAGGCCAUCGGCUGGCUCCUGCGCUCAUGCUUGACCGGUCGCGGGACCGACGAGGAGCCCAAGUACGACCCCUCGCAAUUCAUACAGCCGCCUGCCGACCAAGAGAUGCGGCCGCGCUACCCCUACACGGUUCACGCCCACCUCAAUACGAAGUACGGGUCAACCUAUGGAGGACCUGGUUCUCGACUGACCCGCAUUCCCACACUCGAGGAUGCUUGUGAGCGACUGGCGUCUAACGUCGAAGCGCGUUUGAGAGGAGCGAUCAGCAGGGUGCCCGAUCGCACCUGCACAUUCCGGCUCUCCACCGCGGUCAACCAUACCGGCGACGAUCGCGGUGGCGCUUCAGUUUCUGACGUUCUGAUGGCCUUGCUGUCUGGGAUGUCAGAUCGAGGCGAAUGGCAUUCUGAGAAUCCCGAACGGCCGUGUACUCGGGAGGACAUUGAGACAUCGCGGCUGACGUUCUGCGACCCUACCAUCAUCGAGACUCAAGUCAGCCUCGGCCAAGGCAAGGUCUCCCCUACAUCCGGACGCGAGGGGCAUGAGUACACCGUCAACCUGGGGUCAAUGUCCAUCAGCGUGCAACCCAUGUCAGCAGACGACGGCGAUACCAAGACCGCGAUAACAGACGACGAUAUUGCCUGCAUCCCUCUCCGAUGGGCUGGUACAAUGAUGCGGAAUCCCGAGGACGAGGAGAGCAUGUGCGGGCGCUACGCAAGCGGUCCAGACAAACCCAUCCCCUUUGGUACCCUCCACGUCUCAUUCCGAGUGAGCAAUGUCGACUCGGAGGGAGCGAGCUCGGAGGCGGAAGAGGUCAAGAUGGUCUUCCCGCUCCAUGCGAGCUUCGUCACUUGGGCCGACCCCAGAAUGCAAGUGUGGUAUCCGAAGCCUGAGGAGGAAGCUGAGCCGCCCACGCCUCCCGAUGCGGUGCCCGAGACCCAGACUUCGCAGCCAGAGGAGGUAGGGAAAUGA